AUGGCGGAAUCCGCAGGUCCCUCCACAACCCCCCCGCGGCCUGCGGAAACCGAGCAAGCCGCAGCGCCCUCCGGUCGCAAUCAGGCAGACUGGCAUAUGAAGUCAGUCGCCGCCCCCUUUUCCAUAGCGCUCGCUCCUCCGCAUGCGGCGGCGGCGGCGCCGGGGCCUAAAUCCUCAGCGCCAAAAUCGGCGCAAAUUGCGGCGUCAGUUGCGGGGGAGAUGGAGACGCCGUUGAUGGAGGCGUCGCACCCGCUGAGCGAUGGUGUGCCCGCUGGCACGCGCGUGGUGCGCCCAUGGGCGGGCAAUGGGGAUGGGGACAGGCUGCUGACGUGGACCAGCUCCCCCUUCCCCCUCCCCCUUGCCCCUCCCCCUUGCCCCUCCCCCUUGCCCCUCCCCCUUGCCCCUCCCCCUUGCCCCUCCCCCUUGCCCCUCAACCAUGCCCCUCCCCAUUGCCCCUCCCCCUUGCCUCUCCCGUUGCCCCUCCCCCUUGCCCCUCCCCCAUGCCCCUCCCCGUUGCCCCUCCCCUUGCCCCUCCCCUCCCCUCCCCUUGCCUCUCCCCCUUGCCCCUCCCCCAUGCUCCUCCCCCUUGCCCCUCCCCUUGCCCAUCCCGUUGCCCAUCCCGUUGCCCCUUCCCUUGCCCCUCCCCUUGCCCCUCCCAUCCGAUCGCCUCUCCCCCAGCUGCUCGAGACCACCAGCUCCCACCUCUUCAUCCGCCUGCCCCUGCACUGGGCUAAUCCCCCUUUCCGCCUUGCCUCACGCCUUUCCCCCUUGCGCCAAUCCCCUUCCCCCUCCCUCCCGCCCCUCACCUGCUUGAGAGGACCAGCUUCCGCGGUUCUUCCGCCUGCCACCCCUCCACUACUGGAGAGGACCAGAUCUGCUCUCUUCAUCCGCCUGCCGCCCCUCCACUACUGGAGAGGACAAGCUCUGCUCUCUUCAUCCGCCUGCCGCCCGUCCAUCUGGCCAAAGCGGCACUCGGCUUCACGGUAUGGGCGGUGGGUGCAGUGGGCGGUGGGUGCAGUGGGCGGUGGGUGUAGUGGCCGAUGGGUGCAGUGGCCGAUGGGUGCAGUGGCCGAUGGGUGCAGUGGCCGAUGGGUGCAGUGGCCGAUGGGUGCAGUGGCCGAUGGGUGCAGUGGCCGAUGGGUGCAGUGGCCGAUGGGUGCGGUGGGUGCUAGCUGGCUUCAUGGUAUGGCCGAUGGGGGCGACGGCUGUGGUGCCUGUGGUGGGGGCGAUGGGGGGCGAUGGCUGUGGUGGCAGCGAUGGGGGCGAUAUGGGUGCGAUUUCUAG